CUUUUUCAAUCAAACAAACAAACAAACCAAAUUUUUAACAAUCAUGCUGUCUCGCAUCUUUACCAGUAUUCGUGACCAGUUAACUCGAAAUGCGCAACGUAAUGGAUCGGGAAAAUCCACUUUGGACAAUUCCAAACUUCCUAUCGAGGACUCGGACGAAUUUAUGAAAGCAACAACCCAUGCCAUCGCUAUUGCCAAAGCACAAUCGCAUCACCCCGCCACAUUGUUUGGAUUAUCAACCGAUUUCGCCGAUGAUUACAUGCAAAAGGACAUUAUUUCUUAUUCUUGGAAUUAAGACAAAAAAGACCUCUUCCAUUCCCUUUUCCCAAGUCGCCUAGCAAAAAGUAUCCAAGCAUGCCGUCGGCCUUGCUCAGCCAACUCGGGUCGUCAUCAUCACACCAUGUCAUGCUGUAUACCAUGCUCUAGUUCCUCUUUCACUCUCUCUCCCCUCUCCUUUCUAACCAUCAUACCAAAUCAUGUCUUUUUCCAUGUAUAUUCACCCUCUUAUUUUCUUGUAUAUUCCUACAUUUUGUCGCCUCCACUCAUUGUGUAUUUAGCUUGGCUUAAUUUAAACCAAUGACGAGCUGGUCUCAUGGAACCUGUUGUCCAUGUUGACCGUCUUGAUUUUUGCUGUUCAUACGUUGUUCUUGUUAAAAUCUCACUGUACCUCCAAAAUAAACUAAAGAAAAAAUGAUAACGACG